AUGAGAAGAAAAAUUAGGAUUAUGUUUUUUAUUAAAAUCAUUACAUUUAUCAUUUUAACAUGGAUAUAUAUGUGUUCUGUACCUGAGGUAUUAUAUCAAUAUAUGAAUAGUGUGUAUUUCUUCAGAUGUUAUUUAUACUUAACAUCGAGUAUAUUUUGUAAAUGUUUAAGUAAUCAUUAUAUUCUAGGUGAACGGAUAAUUAUCAGAAAUGAUCGAUUAUUGGCAAUACAAGAAACCCAAGGAGAAUCGAAUAAAAUGGAAUUAGAAAACAAUUUUUCAAGUAAUGUGGAUGAUAGUGAAAUAAAGAAAAGCGCAACAAAUGUAUCAUUGAAUAAAAACAUUAAAAAGGCAUCCAAUAAGUAUUCCCAGAAACGCAAAAGUGGUUAUAACCGAACAUGUACUAUAAACAAAAGAUUAUUAAGAAUAUCUUAUAUAUACAAUUACAUAAAAUCAAUCGAUUAUUCCAUUAAAGAUGUAGUACUGGGACAUUCUGAAAAAUCAAAUAAUCAUAAUCUAAAUGAAGUUAUUACAAAUAAGACUAUAGAACAUAUGUUAUGUAAAGAUUACAUAUUAAUUAAUUCUGUUCCAUUAUCUGUAAAACUGAAGAGCAUACUAUUAUCUAUUUUUGAAGAUAUAAAUGAGGAUAUUGCUAUAAAAUCCAUACAUGUUGCUUUAGUUAUUAUUUUUACGCACAAGUACAGUCAUUCAACCUAUGGAAUGAAUAAAUCAUUAGACUCUUUAAUAUUUCUUACACUAAUGAUUACUUGUUUAUCACAAAUUUUUUAUACUAUUGGAGAAUACAUGAUUAGGAAUAAAUACGAAAACAUAAUAUUAGAGGAUAAGAGACAAAUUAAAGAGAAAUAUGAGAAAAAAGAAAUUGAAAAAAAAGAAAUUAAUCAAAAAAAAAAAGAAUUAAAAAAAGAAAAUAAACAAAAAAAAAGGGAAGAAAAGGCGGAGAAAAAAAAACAGAAAAUAGAGAAAUUAAAAGAUUUAGAAACUUAUAUGAAUGAGUAUAAUGAUAGGUAU